AUGGUGGGACGCCUACAACACUUUCUCUUUUCGCUUUCUCUGUUCUGGGCCGUUCUCUAUGCCUUGCGUCACUACCGGCGACGACGGACAUCAAACGCAGCGUUCUUACCCGCUCCGACGUCUUCAACGAAGUCACUAUCCUGCGAGCUGCUCAGAUCUCGCACAACCCGUAUCACGCUCAGCAAAUUCCAUAUAGGAGUCUACUCCACUGCAUUCAACAAUGUCCACCAACACUUCGCCGCGAGGCUGAAGCAUAGCCGGUGGAAGCGUCUGCUGGGUUUCGCGUACGAUGCAGGAAGUUUGCUGGGAGUAUUGGGCAUGCUGGGGUCAGUAUUGUUGCUGCUUUGGACGACUCUACACCUCGUCUCCUCUGCACAUGUGAUCCAGACACCGAUCUCUUCCGCUCCUCGUACCCUCCACAAGAGAGAGGAGCUGUUUGGCGAGACUUUGCUCUCGUCCGAGAGUAGUUCGCAAGACGCACCUUUGCAGCUCAUUAUCCCGGGUGUCACAACUCCUCUCCACCAUCUUCCCAUCCUUUUUGCCGCCCUGUCAGCGACGCAACUCAUUCAUGAAGCAGGACAUGCCGUUGCCGCCGCUCUAGACUCCGUUGUAUUAGGUUCGGCUGGUCUCGGGCUCACCUUCAUCCUGCCGUCCGCUUUCGUCUCAUUUGCUGCUGGAGAGACCGAGUCCCUGCCGCCGCGUUCACGUCUCCGCCUCAUUUCCGCCGGAGCGUAUCAUAACCUACUCUUUUGGCUGUUCCUAUCCGGCAUUGCAUGGACGAACGUCUCCUAUCACGUCUGGACAGUAUUGGGAUACCAAGAUGUUACCGCAUACGGGCGGGUUGUUAUACACAUCGACGAGAGCUCGCCGUUAUACGGCCAUCUGCCCGUCGGUUCGGUGGUUUACAAGGUCGGAGACGACACCCUCGAUGGCCCCCAAGGCGCCCCGAGCCGGUGGGAGUCCCUUCUAUCAAACAAGCGGGACGGGCCGGCCCCUACCCUCGGGUGGUGCACAGACGAGGCUUGGUUCGCAGUGCAAAACGCCACCUGCUGUAUCACGCGACCCUCAUCAUCAGAAGUAUUCAUGGGGCAAUCCUGCUUCGCGCCCAUCGCCGACCCCUCCUUCGAACGAUGCGUCGACCCCCUGCUCUUCCUCGAUGCUCCCGACACGCGCCGUUGCUCGUCUGUCGUCGACUGCGGCCACGGCCAGCUCUGCAAUCGGCCGCGCGGAGACCAGGAGCUCGUGUCGCUCACGAUGCAUCUCCCUCCGUGGCUUCGGGACGGGAGGGAAGCGGACGAUGUUGAGCGGAGGCUUGUGUGGCAGGGAGACACGUCGGAGAUCCUGCAUGAAGUUGAGGUCGGCGACUGGCUGCCCAGCUACGAGGUGCUGCCCAUAGGUCUCCCCGUUCUCUGGGAUAACCUCUUCCUGUGCGUACCAUAG